CGACCGACACACCGCCUUUAACUCAGGCAUUCGUUGGACUUUGUGUUUUUAGAUUUCACGACACAUGCGGUGGGCAGAGGAGGCUGUGAGCGGCUGCGAGGGGGAGCAGACAGAGGUGGACAGUCGCAUCUGCUCUGCGUUCAACAUUUCCAGCGGUCCCUCAACUUGCAGCUACCUCGGCGCUCUCCUGUCCGGGCUGUCCCUGCCUCCUCUGCCGGGAUUAGAGGAUUUAGGACAAUACUGUGGCACUUUCAGGACGCGACGUUAGAAGUGAUGGCCUCAGCUGCGCAGCUGUGCCGGUGAUCCUGCCGCUGCACGCAGGGAAGAAGCAGAGACGCCUUGACAACCGACCUACCUUCCUCUCUCUCUCUCUCAAAAAAAGAAGAGAAAGAGGAAAAAAGAAAACACACCAGCAUUAACAAAUGCGACCAUGUACAGCGUGGAGGACCUCCUCAUCUCUCAUGGAUACAAGCUGCCCAAGCAUACCACCUCCUCCUCUACCCCUACCCCAGCCCCCGCAACCUCAUCCCGCCAGGGUCCCUCGUCCUCACCGCCGUCCUACAGCAAACACCAUGAAAUCCUGGAGAACAUGCCUGUUCCCAGGACAGUAAACGGCUAUGAAAGAGGGCCCGGGGUGCCCUAUGGGAAUGGUGCCGGAACCAGGCAGCCCCAAGCGUAUGGCGGUGGCUGUCCCAACAACAACAACGAACCCAGGGACAGGAGCCAGUCCAGGCGGGAGGGCGAAAGCCGGAGCCAAAUUGACACCCACUCCUUGGGGGAGUCGCUGACCUCAGACAGCGGGUUCUGUGAUGGCACCAGAGGUCCUCAGUCACAGUCCAAGGACGUGUCAUACUGGAGGAGGAGAGGCCAGGACUUCACUGUGCUUCUGGACUAUGCUGACUUCAGAGAACCCCAUGGAGGAGGGCAGGGGGGUUAUGUCAGGCCAGAGGGGUCUCAACAAGCAAGAGGCCAAGAGUUGUCUGCAGAUGAACGUCAGAGGGCAGCUCAGGAGAGGCAGCGCUGGGCAGCACAGGCCCAGGCUCAGGCACAGGCUAAGGCCCAGGUCCAGGCUCAAGCACGUACUAGAGAGAGGGAAGCCGCUCUCCAUCAGUGGAGAAUGGUGACCGAGAGGAAGUGCCAGAGCCUGGGGACAGAUGAGUGGCGUCCAGCUGUGAGCUUUGGCCGCCAGCUGUCACAGAGUGAAGGUGAACGUUGGGCGCAGGAGCAGCAGCGGCUUCAUGCCAGGACACCAGAGGGCAUGGUAGUCCACCCCAGGACCAAAGCCAAAUCCCAGUCCCUACCCAGGAUGCUGCAGCCUGAGAGCCUGCAAUACGUGGACAUAGCCUCAUCCGGUCAGGAACUGUACAGGCGAGUCAAUGGCCACCCACUGUCACACCAUGACCUUUACAGGGCACCCCACUGGCCAGAGAAUGGCAGGCCAGCUAGCGCCAACCAACUCUCAAUGACACCAAAGCCCCGCUUCACCCGACCCCCCAGACCUCCAUCCUAUGAGAUGCACCAGCAGAUCAGGGGAAGCUGUGAGGUGUUGUCUGGGAGAGACUCAGUGAUUCCCCAGGCCAGGGACAGAACCCCACUUCCCAUAUCAAGGACAGGUGACCCCCAACUGGAGUAUUUUGCACAGGACUCUGGACCUCCAGGAUACAUCCCUCCCCCAUCAUAUAAAAGAGCUCCUAUUAUGGGUGGGGGGCGCCGGGGAUAUGGUGAAAUUGCUGUUGACUACAGGUACAGAGGGGAUGUGUACCAGCAGAUACAUGUGGCUCCAGAUGGAUCUCACUGGUUCACCAGACAUCCAGCUGGCUCCUGGCCUGAUCCCCAGAGAGAUAGAAGCAUGUCUGGUCAGAAGCAGCUUUACCCUGUGUAUACUACCCAGGAGCGCCCUGGUGGAGGGAUCCAAUAUAUUCCCUUUGAUGACCCCCGGAUCCGCCAUAUUUCCUCAGCCCUGGGUGGCAACUCCUUGACGGACGCUGACAAGAUCCGCCACAUCCGCAAUGAGCUUCCCAGCGUCACCGUGUCGGAACCUGCAUCCGACGACAGUGCCUUUUUGCCCCCGCCGUUGGGGCCUUUCAUCGCUGCCAAACUGGCCGAUGAUGCUAACCAGACGUCUUCUAGCGAUUUCGACAAUGACAAUAACAGGUGGCACAGUGAUUUGCACAAAGAGACUGUCGAUAACUUCCCAGCAACUGACCAAAACUGCAACAACAGAUAUCCCAAAAACCAACGUCCUCCUCCAUCUCCCUCCUCAGCCUUCCAGGCCCCAUUAACAAGGACUUCUCACCAGGGGUCCAGCUCAGAUCAGGUCUUUGCAGAAACCAUCACCCAAGUGAAGAAAAUUGCCCCAGAUUCAGGGCCAGACAACAACAGGAACACCAAGAGAAGAGUGAGUGAAACCAUCUUCUGCCUUGUUUCUGUCCCUGUUCACACGCCGACUAACAUUAACAAAGACUUAGCGGCAGAUCAGAACAACAAUGAGACAAUACCAAGCCUGACUGUCACCAACACAGACACUUUCGCUGUGGGCCUCAAAGAGAGCCGGAAUGUGCGGAGCAAGUCGGUGAAUGAGAUGCCCAUCAAACCCCACUACUCUCACUUUCACACCAGCAGCACAUCCUCAAUGAGGAACUACAAGAGGGCUCCUCUAAGGAAGGAGAUAAUAGAUGCAUGGGCACUUCAAGCCAAUGAAGACAAAGAGUUGUGCUAUGCUGGGUCCUGGCCUGGAAACCAAUACCGUAACCAGGAAACCCAGACUGGCUCACCUUUGACAGUGGUGAAAAGUCCAGAACCCCAGAGUCCUUCAGGGGGUCAAGAGCCUUCUCAGUCGAUCUCAGACACAACCGCAGACAGUGGUUUGGGGACCGACAGUAGCUCCUCUUAUGGUUACCCCAUGGGAGGCCAGAAAAACCUUCAUCUCUCUAGCAACAGCGCCUUUUCCCGUCUAAGCCUCAGCCAAACACAACCGUCAUCACUUCAAGCCUCACAACAAGACCCAUCCUCCCCAUCAAAGGCCCGGAAUCAAGGGGACCAGCAACCAUCAUCUCCCAGGAAAAGCAACUCCAGUCCCACAGAGAGUGCAGAGCAAGUGGCCUUUGGUCAGUUUCUCUUAAAGCCAGUGAACCGACGGCCCUGUGAUGCCAUUGGUGAACUGGAGAGCAUUAAUAAGGAGAUGGAAGACACGAUCAGCAAGAGACCCAAUGUUGGUCAGUGCAUUGAUGACUUAGAUGGGAUGAAUAAGAGAUUAGACCAGUUUAAAUCAGGAGCACAUUUCACUACUGGUCCAGAACCAGGCAGGGAAGCAAUCAGUCUUCCACCAAUGCACACAGAAAACCCCAUCAAUGUAAAAGUCAGAUCAAAGUCCUUGGCUUCUACCGCUGAUCUAGACUCCAUGGACAUGAAGAGUGCUUUCUCCAGGCCACAGGCCAACAACAUACCACCAACAAAUGAACUAUCCAUACUCAACCCAGGCCCUAGAGACAGCUGCCUCCUGCCCUCACUACCCUCACACAGUGAUUCAAAUAGGCUCUAUAGACAGGACAUCCCAGUCCCUCAAGAGUCCUUGCUGAGGGAUGUGGGGUUAACAGUCUACACAGAGACUCCUGGUGGUCCUGGGGAGCCAAUGCAGCGCUCACUUUCUGUCCCAUCUCCACAUGAUCAUAAGGAGCUUAGUCAGUCAUUUUUGUGGGAGAGCAGGACAGCACAAAAUAGCAGUAACCUUGAGCACAAUUCAAAUAAAGAGCUUCAACCUGAGGUACACACUGAGAGAAAGGCUAAAUCAGACAAUGUUCCACCAUUCAGGGGUGAGGUGAAUUUAAGCAUCUGUAGAAGCAGGAGUGAAAGCAGCAGAUCACCUCAGAAUGAGGGUUCACCACAUAUCACCAGGUUAACCAGGGAGGUUUCUUUUGUGUUUAAGAAUGAUGAUGGUGAUAAGAGGUACGCCAUCUCUGAGCUCCUGACCUAUAAGAAUGAGUCAACCAUAGCAGAUAAGCACCUGGAGAAUUUACUGAUUCAGGAGAAAGCAAAUUCUUUACCUGCAGAGGACCUCAGCAACCUGUAUGAGGUCAAAUGUGCAAAAGGUAUCCCUGAAAAUGAGUCCAUUGAGCAGCGGGCUGCCAGAAUCCUGGGUAUAUCUGUUCCAGUGGAAGCCUUGGGUGUGGCUGACAAACAGUCAGAGGACAACCAGGACGAUAUAGAUACCACUGUAAGUGAAAAACUACAAAGUCAAGUUGAAGAGAUACAGCAUGUGAUAGGAGAGUGUGAGCAAGUCAAAGAUGAGACCCUGAUUGUCCAGGGAGAAGAGACAGAGGAGGUCAAGGAGACAGGAUCAGGAGUGGACCCUGAAGAAGGAGACAGACAAAAGCACAGCAGCAACCACAGUGAUGGUGAAGACAACGAGGAUACCGAGGUUCAGUGCCUGGUGGUACUGGACCUGCCCGAGUUCCCACCUAGUAAGCUUCCACUCUCCCUGCCCGUCACCCCUGAUGAGAAGCUAGCACUUAGCAUGUGCAGUGCGGAGAAGAGGGGGCGAGGCGGAGCAUGCAAACUAAUCGAAUCCCUGCAAGAUAAGCUAAACUGUAACGCUACUUCAUCUGCUACAUCUCUGGGCAGGUCCGCUACAGACAGAAUGGCCCGUCUGAAAGAGCUGGACUCAGUGUCUCGAAUAAGACGCCUUAGCCUCAAAGGUUCAGAUUCUGAGGAUAGGGAUGGUGAUAGAGAGGAGUGUGAAGUUCAGGAAAAGGCAAAGGAGGAAGUUGUGAAGCAACAAGAAGAGGAAGAGGAUAAAAACUUGGAGGAUAAAGGAGGGAAGGAGGAGGAAAACCCAGAUGAACAUGAGAAUGCACAUGAAACACAUGACAAGUUGGGAAAUGCUGAAGAAGCUUGUAAACCUAAAGAAGAAGGGAAUGAAGGGAUAUGUGAGGAAGAGCAAAGACAAGAAGAAGAGGAAGAAUUGAUAAAUGUUAAGAUUGCACUAAAAGCAGAAAUUGAAAAUGAAUGGAGUAAAGAAGUAGAUGUUGAAUUAAAAACAGAAGACCCAGGAGGAGAGGUGGAGCUGAAAAUUGUGGAGGAUGUUAAAGAAAAGCCUGUGGAGAAGGUGAGAGAUGGACAGAAUACAGCAGAAGUCAUUAGAGCUGAGGUGACACAAGCUGAGGGAGAAAAGCUGCCCAAACCAAAGCAGCGCACCAGGCUCCAGAAGCCUCCUCUGCUUCCUAAACCUCGCAGUGUUCCCAAGAGAGAAAUAACGCUGCCACUCGACUUCAGCACUGGGACCUGUGGCCCCUCAAAUAUGGAGGAUGAGGAGAUGCUCUCUGUCUCAGACUCCUACGACCCCAGUCGAGUGGAGAGAGUGUAACCUCUGACACUGCCUUCACCACUGUGGAAACUGUCUUUCUCAAGUUAACAGCUUUUUCCAACAACAAAGGCUUUCAUCUCACCUCACGGCUUAGUCAGCUGUGACUCCCUCCAAUAUUGUUACGCAUUACUACUCACAGAACUGACUGUCCUGGUGCUGCGAGAGCAUUUUUACAGCCAAAUAAAGGCGCCUCCGGUGCCAAUUCUCCAGGCCUUUUCAACCCCGGCAUCCUCGUCCUUCCAUUCUCUCCACCUCUCAGAAAGUUUAUUUGCUCAAGCAAGCGGACUUCCUCCUUUUGAAGUUGUCUUAUUUUGCUUUUGGAAAAAUGCAUGUCAUUAUUCCCGUCUGCACUUGGGCUCCUUCUCGAGCUUGGGUGUUGAAAUAUGAAUGUAAAAGUGCUUCUGCUCAACAAAAAGAAAUGUAACAGAAAAAAACAACAAGAAGGCAACAGUAUUGCAUUACAAUCAGUAUUAAACUACACCAAAUGUAAAUAAGAAAGAGUUAUAAGAUUUUAUUAAGAAUAUAAAAAAUCAAUUUAAGACAUUUAAUUGCUGAAGAAAUGUAUAUUUUCUUAUCUAUGUUAAGAAAAGACUAGAUUUUUGGAAGUGUAGUCUUUGGGUGUAUUACUAAUAAUGAAACCCUGUGCUCUUUAUUCUUAUACUUGUGUGAUAGAGAAUGUAUUCAGUGAGCCUGGAUUGCAAUGAGAAACACUGUGGUCCUUGAAUAGUUUCACUCAAGAGCAAUAUAGUCGUCGUAUACAAGAUGUUUGUGACAUGAUUUGAGUAGUAAGUCUCCAUUUCAAGGAGCUGAUUGCAUUUAAACGUCUGCUUUGAAGCUCUACCUUUUGGUACAAGUGUUAGCUUUGCACUGCUGAGAUUAUUGGCUUUAUGCUACCAGUGAGCACCUGAUAAUCUCUCCAAAUACUCAAAGAUUACAGUCGGAGGGAUUCGUUUUCGCACCCUCCCUGUUCUCCGGCGCCGUCAGUCUCAGCAUCAGCAAUGGCAACGUGUAUCAGAAACGUCUGAUUUAAGUGUUAUUUUUGUUAAUCCUCAUACUGUUGAAGAAGAAAAUCUAUAUUUUGUGGCAUUAACAGACGUCUAUAUUUAACCGUGGAGUUCUUCUUUGUUCACAUCUUAGUUUACGUGUGAUUUCUGAAGUGCUUUUGUUUUUUUGCAGGAAAUGAUAGAUGUAGCUAUAUCGAUCGCAGUGUGCCUUGUACACACUGUUUCUGUAGAGAACUUCAUUUGUGUGUAACACAUUCAGUAUUGUCGGUUUACGCAUCCUAGUUAAAACUGGACAUCAGUAAUUCAUUUUACUUCAGUGAAAACAAACAUUUGGAGUUGUUUUGGCAAUAAUAAUAAGGUUUAGCUGAAGAAGCUUAAUAUUGAUGCUGUACAGAACAUUGCUGUUGGGACACUAACCACAGUAUCUGAACAUGUUCAAUAAUUUAAUGUUGACAUAUCAGUGCUUUAUAAGUUGUGGGCAUAACUGGCAAUUGGUUUACACUCACUUUACUUAUGGGGUAGCAAUACAAGAAAUUAAAAACCAUACCAAACCAAACUUUAUGCAAUGCAUUGGACAUCUACAUUUACUGGGUUUAGUACCAAAAUUCAAAGCUUAAACGGCAACUUCUGGUUUGCUUGUUUGACCCUGUCGCUCUUUGAUCCAGCUGUAGUUGAUGUUGAACCCGUUGGAUCUAAACUUGCAUGGAAGUGGCUCUGACUGGAGUUCAUCGGUGGAAGCUCAGUGGGAGGUUUUGUCUUUGUCCCGUUAACCAGCCCAGUACCCAUACCUCUGUGUUCCAGGUAACGUGUUAUCUGGUCAUUCUAGUAGGUCUUUUUGUACUGCAAGUUCUUUGUAACAUGAUAUAGAUUAUUGGUGCACAUCUUGCUUUGAUAUUUUAUAUUUUCAUACAGAAGUAUGUACAGCUUCUUUUGUAUGCGCGGCAUCUUUUUUUUCUCCUCUUUUUUUGUGCAUGAAAUGCGUAAGAAGUCACAGAGAGAAGGUGUAUUUGCAUAUAAUUGCAUUUGGUACUAUAUAGUCUAUCCAAUAAACAACUGUUAUAUUUCAUAUAAUGUAUAUUUUAUUUUCAAAAAGUUAUGCUACAUAUUUAAAACAGAACAAGGUAUUUUUAGAUUAUUGUGAAAAGGGAACUGUUUGUGAAGGCACAAUAUUUGUCUAUAUUUGAAAUGAUCAUUGAGAAUGAUCAGAUAUAGAGACAAGUGUGUGCUAUUGUACAGUACUGCAGAGUAUUCAUAAAUAAAAGUCUUUGCAUGAAA